AGCAGCAUACUCAACACUGAUCGUUUUUUUCAAAUACCGCUUCGCCUCUCUCACUCUUAGGUUUUCUACCUCUAACCUUAGGCAUACUCUGCGCCACCGCUGCAUCGAGACUUCCAUUUUUCUUUUUUUCUUCUGUGUUGUGCGCUCCUUUCAAUUUGAUCUCUUUCUCGUGAGGUGCCUCCGCUCAGACGUGGGAAAGCCUGAAGAAGCAACAGAAACUCUCCCCGUAGAGUUCGAUAAUGUCCUCCGUGGAUAUGUACGUGGACGGCGCGGUGGCCUCCACGUGCGCCACACUCGUCUCCAACCCGUUCGACGUGAUGCGCACACGUAUGCAGCUGCAAGGCGAGCUGCGCAAGCGUGGCGAAUACCACAUGGAGUACCGCAACAUGCCGCAGGGUAUGAUUCGCGUUGUGCGCCAGGAGGGCUGGAAGGCGCUGUUCAAAGGUCUUCCAGCGGCCGUGCUAUGGCAAAUUACGCAGAAUGGCAUCCGCAUUGGUCUUUACCCCGCGGUGCGCGCGGAGCUGAGUCACGUUGUUGGCUCGGAUGCGAUGUACGUCUCUGUCGUGGCAGGUGCGACGUGCGGGAUGGUAGGCGCCUUUGUUUCUUCACCGUUUCAAAUGGUGAAGACGCGUCUGCAGUCGCAGCGUGGCACCAUGACGACGCUGCACGGCCACAACCUGAGCACCGCGACCACGGGCGAGCAGUAUGACUACACCGGUGUGCGAGAUGCCUUACGGAAGAUUUAUAAGCAGGGAGGCAUUCGUGAUCUGUGGGGCGGAGCCAACAUUGCGAUGCAGCGCACGAUGGUUGGGUCCGCCACACAGCUGACCGCGUACGACGUCGCCAAGACGAACGUGUGCAAGGUGACUGGCUUGGCGGAGUCUGAUAUCCGUGUGCACGUUUGCUCUGCCCUUUUCUCCGCGAUAUGCAUAGUGAUCUUUAUGAAUCCGCUCGAUGUCGUGAUGACGCGCUCCUUCAACCACCGCAGUGGGGAGCCAAAGGUUUAUUCCGCUAACUUGGCUGCCGCAACGUGGAAGGUGUUUCGUGUGGAGGGCUUUAGUGGGCUGUACAAAGGCUCUAUGGCGCUGUUCUCCCGCUCUGCGCCGCACAACAUUGCCACGUUCGUCUCGCUGGAGUACCUGCGCAAGUUCCGCGAGAACUACACUAAUCGGUCCUACACCUCCGGCUCGAAGGUGGACAAAUCGAUUGGCUUUCGCAAGUUCAAGGAGGAGCUGGACGCCACGAAUGAGUCCAGUGUGUAG